ACGAAAGCGACCUUCCCCCAUACAACUCCACAAGCCAGGACAGAGCAAUAUCACUUUACAUUUCAGAAUUCCAUUUAAUUUGUUUACAAAGUUACAUAAGAUAGUCAAGAAGAUCCUUAAGUCAAUCAAAAAGUGGCAUACAAAUUUACGAAUCUGAAAAUAAGUGUGGAGGGGGCAAUUACUAUUGCGAGUCAACGACUGACCGUCUUCACAAGUUGGAAAUAGUACAAUUCCAUCAACAACUUUCCAACACCUACCUCUUUCCACAGCUUUCGAUCUCCGAUUUAUGAUAUUUGAGUAAUACGAAUUGAUAGCGCCAUAUCUGCAAAUUCGAUUACUCGCGUGUAAAGAAUAAGAUCGUUGAAGAGAGAGCUGAAGACGAAUCCCAUUUGCGCACACGACCGAUACUUCUUCCAUUAUACCCAAGCAACGCAAGCAACAAGAUGUCGAACACUCAGGUCGGAAAUGUUUACCAGCAGAUUAUUGCAGAUGUAGUCGAUAGCUCUAGAGUUGACUUCGAGGAGAGUGGAGUCGAUGAGGUUGUAUUGGAGGAAUUGAGAAAGGGAUGGCAAAAGAAGUUGUCAACACUGGGUGUUGCUCUGUUUCCAUGGGAUCCAAAGCCUGACCAGCAACCUAUGCAAAAUCCACCAAUGGUACCUUCAAAUUACCAACAUACAGGUAUCCCUCCAGGACAGCCAAUAUAUCAAACUCCAAUGCCAAAUGGACCUCGUGUCAAGGCUGAACCUGGUAUGGAGAAUGCAGGCUUCAUGCCGUCUCCUAUGUCACAGGCACCUCCUCAGGGUCCUCUUAUGACUAUGCCAAAUGCUACACCAGCUCAGCAACGUGCUGCUCAAAAUCUUCAUGCUUCUUAUGGACAUAGAGCUGCAGCUUCAAUUCAAUCCAUUCAAGGAGGUGGGGCACCCCAGCAGCAACCCAUGUCUCAAAUGAGUCCACAGCAGCAUCAAGCGAUGCAGCAACAACAACAUUUGCAAAUGCAAUCGAUGCAGCAGCAGCAACAGCAACAACAGAGACCAGGCAGUGGUGUUCCUCCCCAAGCUCAACCACAACAGCCACAAGGACAACCUCAGGGUCCGCCAAGCCAACAAAGUCAACAAGCUGCGGCGGCUUAUAGACAGAGUGUUGCAGCUCAACAAGCACAGCAGUUACAGCAGUUACAACAGCAGAGAGCUUUCCAAAACGGUCAAGCUCCUCAGAACCCUCAGAAUCCUCAAAACCCCCCAAAUGGUCAGAAUGGUCAGAAUCCUCAAGCCCCCCAGGCCCAACAGAAUCCUCAAGGUGGUGUUGGAGGUGCACAAACUGACGGGGCUGGCGAUGAGACUGAUGAAUCUAUUGGAGUUAUCAAACAAUUUGAUUCCCAAGGCAAUGAAAUUGCCAUGGGUCGAAUCGAGAUUGACAAUCUCAUCCGUAGCAAGAUCGAAUCCAUGGGCAAGGCUAUGGAAGGUGGUGGUCUAAUGCUUCCACUCAAGGAAGCCAAUAAGAUCCCUUCAACCAAGCGUCAACGUAAGACCUUACCAGGCUCAUUGCCACAAACAGACGGUCUUGGCUCUGAUGAUGAUGACGAAAAGGUUAAGGAUGAAUUAGAUGAAGAUGCAAUCAAUUCUGAUUUAGAUGAUCCUGACGACGGAUUAAACGACGAUGAUGACGAUGACGAGAGUAUGGGUCAUAUUAUGCUUUGCAUGUAUGACAAAGUCCAAAGAGUCAAGAACAAGUGGAAGUGCGUCAUGAAGGAUGGUGUACUCACUGUCAAUAACAAGGAAUACGUAUUCCACAAAGCAACUGGAGAAUACGAAUGGUAAACACCAUUUGAAGUUCCUCAUUUCGUCCUUAUCAUCAUAUCAUCAUGCAUGAUGACUGCCAUUACCUUUUGUUUUUUUGAAAAUCACUACAUCAUUUCACUUCAUACCUCUUGAUAUCACUUCAAGAUUCUAGGCCUUAUUUUCUAUUUUCUUUCUUCCUUCACUUCCCCUCUUGUGGAUAUAGAUGGGAUUGAACAUUGAGAUAAAUCAGUCGGUCACCCGCGGAGGAUUUUUCAGCAUUUGCAUUGUGACUUAAGCGACAGUUCAGCGCAACGAAGAUUUGAAAAGAAAAAUCCAAAACUGAAUAAGGGAUUCAAAUAUGACACAAAGUUGAUGAAUAGGAGAGGCAUGCUAGGUAAUCUACAAAUGGCGAUGUGCUGGGAACUAGAUUGGUUUGACUUGGUUUGAUAGGUCUGGUUCUGCUUGAGCAAGACAAUCAAACCGGAAAGUCGGGAGCUCGAAUAAAAUUUCAUGCAGAUGGGACUGCAUUGAUGUAUCAUAUCAUAACAUACCACAUCGAUUCAAUUUGAAUCACAUUUCAUUAGAUAGUUAUGGGCCUUGUUAUGGUCCUCUUUCAUCCGAGUUUUGCUUGGUGAUUACAAUCAAAAUUAAUCAGAUAUUGGAAAGG